GGCUUUUCGCUCACUCUUCGCUACGCUGGAGGCGCUGCAGGCCCAGGGGUCUGGGUGUGUCUAGAGAGUUAGGGACUGUCACAGCGGCACCUCACAGCGUCUUGCACCGCACUCUAAGCAUGGGACAGUGAGGACCUUUUCCAGACUGCUUUCCAAGUGUUUCGUGCUAGUGUUUGCCUCUGGAUGUCCGUGUAGCUGAUGGGCAGCUCUUUUAAGAGCUGUACCUGGCAGUGUCAAAGCCUCAGAGCGGAAAUGGUUUCACUUCCAAACUCAGCCUGUAACUUCAAAGACCCCAGGUGCAAGCCUCCCGACCUCCUGCAUACGCAUGGCAGAUGGUACAACCCUUUGCUUCUCCAGCCACAUGAGCAAUUUCUUAUCAGUCUCUGUCAAAGAAAAAACGUAGGCUGCAGAAGAAAGGGCCCUCCAGGGUAUAAAAGGCCCAGCACUCGGUGUGUUGUGGGGCGCGUUUGCUGGCCACAAAUGACUCAUCGUCCAGGAAUCCCAAGAGGCCACCCGAGGAGGACUUCAGCUCAGAAGGGAAAUGAAGAGGGAAAACAUGCUAACAAAGCCUUCCCAGUUUUAGUCUGAGGCUUCUCUAGGGACGCCUGUGCUGCAGCUGUAACAGACAAGGAUGGCCAUGUUAGCAAGAGAGGAGCCCUGUGGAGCCGGUGAAAGCCAAUGCGGUGUCCUAGUUCAAGGAGGCUGCAAGCCAGCUGGCUCACAGGUCACGAGCCUGCCUUGAGGCAUUCCUAAUCAAGGUAAAGGCCUCUCUGUGGUCCCCUGGGUCUGUCCAGGGCACGCCUUAUCAUUGUAUUUUAUGUCCAGAAAGUAAAACUACAGAAUCCAUUGCUAUGCUCAUUUGUAUAUAACAUAUUCACAAUUAUGAAUCUAAUAAAAAGCAACAUACAGCA